UGGGAUCCAAUCACAACAAAUUGGAAUUGGAACUUUUAUGGGUAUCUCACGGAUAAACUAGUCAUACAAAAUGUAAAUAAAUUAGAUGCUAUCCAAAACGCAAUAUUUUUUUCUUGGUGAAAUAUUAUUCUAAAUAAUGUCUGCCGAGCAAAAUACAACACACAAUAAACCAAUGGUUAAUGUUGAAUACUGUGGCAUGUGUGAUUAUGGAGGACACUGUUUGGCCCUUGCUCAAACUAUAAAAAAAAGUACUCCUGACGCUGUAGUGUUCUGUAAACGAGGACGCCAAGGUUCAUUUGAAGUGCUAGUCAAUGAGAAACUAAUUUAUUCAAAACUUCAAACCAUGGCUUUGCCAGAUUAUGAGGAAGUAGCUGAGGUAGUGAACGCAGUAUCACAUGGCCAGGAACCACAAGAAAUUAAAGGACAACAACCAAUUAACUGUGCAAUAUCAUAAUUUAUUAUUAUUACAAUGUUUUUCUAGUUAUAUCUAAUAACAAUAGGAGUUAAUAUGUAGAUUUAUAUGUAAAUAAAGUUAUACCCAUA